AUGCCCGGUUGCCUAGCUCUGCCGCUACUCGGCACCACGUACCGCGUGCUGGGCCUCAAGCGCAGAGAGAUCUUCGCCUUUCAUGACAAGAUAACGAGGCAAUACAGCCCCAUCUACCGUACGUGGAAUGGCUCCUACGGAGUAGUCCACCUGUGUGAUGCCGAACACAUCGAGAUCGUAUUGAGAAGCACCGUGAAUCUCCAGAAGGGUAAUAUUUAUUCCUUCCUGAAACCCUGGUUGGGAACAGGGCUUCUCACAAGCUCAGGCGCCAAGUGGCACAGCCACCGCAAGCUGAUUACUCCGGCGUUCCACUUCAACAUCCUAGUCUCCUUUGUGGAGGUGUUCGCCGACAAGAGCGAGAUUCUUGUGAGCAGGCUGGAGAAGGAGGUGGGCAACAGCAAAGGCUUCGAUGUCUACCCGUACAUCACGCGAUGCGCCCUGGACAUCAUUUGCGAAACUGCCAUGGGCACUGAAAUGAAUGCACAAGAUCAAACUGAUUCACCUUACGUGAAAGCAGUUUAUGAACUUUCCGAGCUCAUAAUUCAGCGCAUUGGCAAACCAUGGCUACAUUCAGAUUUUACCUAUUCUCUUACGGAGCAAGGUGCAAAGUUCAAAGAUGAUCUCAGAAUCCUCCACGACUUCACGAAAAAGGUAACUAGAAUAAAAACGUUAAUAUUACCAUUAUAUUACGAUGUCACAAACACUGUAAACAAAUUUGUGUAUUUUUUAAGGAAGAAGCGCAAGGCCUUCCUGGACCUGCUGCUGGAGGCGUCCAAAGGAGGCACCGUCCUCAGCGACGAGGACAUCCGCGAGGAGGUCGACACCUUCAUGUUCGAGGGUCACGAUACAACUUCUGCAAGUAUGUGUUGGACACUUUAUCUGAUGGCACUUCAUCCCGAUGUGCAGGAAAAGGUGUAUGAAGAGCAAAUGGAAAUCUUUCAAGGUUCUGAUCGCAAACCCACUAUGAAAGAUCUUUCGGAAAUGAAGUACCUGGAACGAGUUAUCAAGGAGUCUUUGCGGUUGUACCCAAGUGUCCCAUUUAUAACUCGCCAAGUGACCCAGGAUAUUGAAAUCGGGGAGUACUGUCUACCGGAGGGUUCAGAAGUCAUGCUGCACAUUUACCACGUGCACCGCAACCACAAGUACUUUCCAGAACCGGAGACGUUCAACCCGGACAACUUCCUGCCCGAGCGGGUGCAAACUCGGCAGAAGUUCGCGCUGCUGGAGGAGAAGGCGGUGCUGUCGGCGGUGGCGCGCCGCUUCCGCCUGCGCGCCCUGGACCCGCCAUCCCGUCUGCAGCUGCUGGGGGAGCUGGUGCUGCGGCCCGCCGACGGCGUGCGCCUCACGCUGCAACCCCGCUCGACCACGCCCACGGACGACUAG